ACAGAUGUAAAGUAUUAUGAGACGCAGUUAUUUAUUCAUUUCUAUUAACAUAUAUUAACAUGAAUAAACUAAUUUCCGGUUGUUUUUUACUUACUAGAAUUAAGAAAAGGUAAUAAGAAAAGCAAUUAAACUGAGCCUAAAAUUACUGAUAAGCAUUGAUAAAAAUAACAUACAACUGUGUCUUACAAUCACUUCACUUGUGACUACGAUUACGCAUUUGUAGAACCUUAAUGUAACAUGGCCAAUACGUGCAAAAUGUUUGCUCGUUUCACGAGUGCGGUAUGCAAAGCUGUAAAAUCCGAGAACCGAGCAUUAUGGAUCCGGCAAUUGUCAGUCACAGCGAGUAAAGCUCGUGAGAUGGAGGAACGAAAAAUUAAAGUAGAUGACACGGAAAUUAAUUACGCUAGGGUUGGUAGAGGUGACCAUCCGGUGUUGUUGCUGCCAGGUGCUUUGGGGACAAUAUGGACCGAUUUCAAACCGCAGAUGGAGGGCCUGAACGCGGACAAGCUGACCAUAGUAUCUUGGGAUCCACCUGGUUACGGAAAAUCGCGACCACCUGACAGGACUUUCCCAGACGAUUUCUUUCAGCGUGACGCCGCGUACGCCCAUAAUUUAAUGAAGACUCUCGGCUACUCGAAAUUUUCUUUGAUCGGCUGGAGCGAUGGCGGUAUCACAUCGCUCCUGCUUGCCUCGGCGUAUCCCGAUAGCAUCCGCAGAAUGGUUGUCUUUGGUGCAAACGCAUACAUACAUCCGGACGAGACGAAGAUAUACGAGAGCAUUAGGGACAUCAACAAGUGGUCGGAAAAAAUGAGAACACCUAUGAUACAAAUCUAUGGCAAGGAUUACUUCAGUAAGAUGUGGUCGGAUUGGAUAGACGGCGUACUGAGAUUGUACGAAAAACAAAACGGCAACCUGUGCAAAGAAGUUUUACCAAAUAUAAAGUGUCCGACUUUGAUUAUUCAUGGAGCAAAAGACGCGAUGGUCCUGCCGGAACAUCCGAUAUAUCUAAAGCAAAAUAUCAGCAAUUCAAAGCUGCAUAUUUUCGAGAAGGGCGCACAUAAUCUUCACUUAAGAUAUGCCGAAGAGUUCAAUAAGUUGGUUAUGGAUUUUCUCCUUGAUCAAUCGAAAAUGUGAUAGUUUAUUGUAAUAUGUAUUGUAAAAAAAAAGUAUGCUUUUCUUAUCUCAUGUAUUAUAUGUAUGCGACGAUAAUAAUUAUGGUGGCGCUUUAUCAUGGUUUAGAAACGUAGUUUUAUAAAAGUAACGAUUCGUUACUUUUUUCUGUUUCACGAAAUUUGAUGAUUUUUUUUUUUUUAGAGUAACAUAUCUAAGUGUGUCACUAUUUGACCAAUUCAAAUUUAUCAUAUUUUGAUUGAUCUCAACAUAGUUCAUAAACUUAACAGAUUCGUAAAGUAACAAUAAAGUUUGUUAUUGUUCCUGAAAAAAUGUAACGACGUUACCGUUAGUAUACAGAAAAAAAUAACGAUUCAAAAAAAGUAAUUGUAACAGCGUUACAAAUUACAUCCCAAACUUGCAUUUUAUUAUGUAUUGUGUUAUUUUGAAAAUUUUAUAAUGAAAGGUUUUAUAACAAAAUGAUAUUAACGAG